CACGCCACGCCACCGCACUUUUGAUACACGCAUUGCACCCAUCGUUCUCUGCGUUGACAAUCCGACGCUUUUUGCGCAGAUCUCUAAACACGGAAAAUUCCACCACAGUCCAUUUAACCCAAUCGCGUGUACCAAUAAAAUCAUCGCCAUACCCGACCCGUAUAGAUACACCCUCAAAUUCAUCGUCUUCUCUGAACGAAAACAAGGUACUUUCUGAAACAGAAAUGGAUUUGGUGGACAAAGCGAAGAAUUUCGUAGCUGAAAAGGUUGCUAACAUGGAAAAACCCGAAGCAUCCAUAACGGAUGUAGACCUUAAGGAUAUCGGCAUGAGCGGCAUAACCUAUUUGGUUAAGGUUUCUGUUAGCAAUCCAUACAGCGUUCCUAUUCCAAUCGGAGAAAUUAAUUAUUCUCUCAAAAGUGUCGACAGGGUGAUUGCUUCGGGCACUAUUCCGGACCCGGGAUCGUUGAAGGGGAAUGACAAUACCAUGCUAGAUGUGGGAAUAAAGGUGCCACAUAGUGUGUUGGUUAGCCUAAUAAGGGACAUUGGUGCAGAUUGGGAUAUUGAUUAUCAACUGGACUUGGCUCUCAUUAUUGAUCUGCCUGUCAUUGGGAACAUUACAAUCCCUCUUUCUCAGAAGGGUGAGAUGAAACUCCCGACUUUCGCCGAUAUGUUUAGAUCAAAAGACGUGUAAACUCAGGGUCAGACGAAAUUACCUAUUCUCUGGAUUCUAGCUUAUUAGUACAUUGUUAUGGAUUUCUUGUGUUGGUUUUAUGAAAUUUGAUGCAUACUUUUAUGCUUAAAUAUGUUUUUGGAUCUUUGUUGUACUAUAUUGAACCUUCGAAGAGUCUUAUUAUAAGUAAUGAAGGAUCUUUUGUCC